AUGAAUUCCUUUUUGAUAUCUUACAUCAUUCAACAUAAAUUGCAAUCGUGCAAAAGAACUUCGAGGAAGGUACUACAUCAUAACUCUAAGUGUAAGAAUCCUUAUCACAAGUCGGACAUUGGCCACAGCUUUCCUAAGAAGCCAACUAUCUACUCACGAAAAGCAGAUCAUUUUCCUGAAUCUCGACUUCAUGUGGAUACGUCUAAGGACGAGAAAAAAUGCCCUAAACUGUACGAGAUAGCUCGAGCGAUGCUGGAUGGUGAAAAGAUUAAACUUCCCUACGAAACAAACCACACGAGGUGGAAAUUUCGAGAGAGGAUCGAUUUAGAUGUUCUUACGGAAACGUAUCUUCACUGGAAUCAUCCGUGGCAGCAAGGAGACUCAACAGAAACGCGGCGAAAACUUCUAAGAUAUAACGUGUCAGCCAGAACUAUACCAGCAAGGAAAUAUUUAUUGACGUACGGUCACAACUGUUGUGAGAUGUCGAAAAAAAGAGCAGUCAAUCAAGGAAUCGAUGUUGGCAGAGUGGACUAUGCUGAAGCUGUAGAUUUGUCUCAUCUAUCUGUGCCUUUCCAGAUCUCUCAUCAAAACCUUCUGAGACAUCGAAAAGGGGCCGGAUAUUGGUUGUGGAAAUCCUUUAUUAUUCUCAAGACCUUAUUGACUAAAUUGAACGACGGUGAUCUACUUGUUUACCACGACGCAGGAGCGUAUUUCAUAAACGACAUAGGCCCUCUUUUUAAAUUAUGCAUGGACGCAAAGCCCAAUGUGCUCGCAUUCCGUCAACCAUACCAAGAACGUUUAUUUACCAAACGAGAUGCAUUUGUACUAAUGGGAAUGGACGAACCUCGAGCAUAUGAAAAGAAACAGACUCAAAGAACGGCUGCAUUGCAAGUAUAUAUGAAGUCAUGUACGACGAUACAAUUUGUAAUGGAAUAUCUGGCGUAUUCAGCUGAUCGCAGAAUCAUAAGUGAUGACAAAAACGUCAUGGGUAAACCGAACUUGGAGGGUUUCCAAGGCAAUAGACAUGAUCAGACAGUUUUUUCGCUGUUGUCAAAGAAGUGGGGAAUUUUAGAGUUACGAGAUCCUUGUACUUGUGGUCGAAAUAAAUUUACUCAAGAUUAUCAAUACGCAUCUGGGCCUUACCAUUCUAUGUAUGUUCAGGACAGAGUAAGAGACUAAUAAUUAAACCCUUCAUGUUCCAGAACGCUCAAUUAAUGGUCGAGUACAUAUAUCAUAACUUAGUAACAGAAUGGCCACUCUAAUACUGUGACAAUGUUAGAAUGUAGAUUGAGUAAAUACAAAUAGCAAUUAAACAAUCAUAUAUACUCUGUCACCGUUUCUCUAUUUUGCAUAAUAUUUCAUACGACAUUAGCAUUAAAUAUCGUAAAAGAUUUUGCAGUAAAAUUGAUGUUUUUCAAAAUUAUUCACGUCCUAUUUUUAGUAGCUAAAUAUAAAAGGCAGAAUUUCCCUGUGGAAUGGAUUGCGUAAACUGCGAGGGCUGUUUUCGGAAUUAUCGCUUUCGACAUAAGCACCAUUCGAAGAUUCGCAGCCAUCAUAAAAUAAAAUCUAAUCAUGAGCCAUAGUAAAUUUGUCUGAGUGAAUCUGGCUGCUAACUUAGGAGGUGUACUAGAACAAGUGUUUAUCUGCUGUUGCCAAACGGUCAAGUCCUGGAAUGUUGGUAAUGGAUGUCCUCAUCG